AAUGACAUCUUUGGGGAGAUGAUCCACCUGUACGCCAAGCCGGGGAAGGCCAACGCGGACGUGCGGGCGCUCAGCUACUGUGACCUGCACACCAUCCACAGGGAGGAGAUCCUGGAGGUGCUUGACAUGUACCCCGAGUUCGCCGACUACUUCCUCAGCAAUCUGGAGCUGACCUUUAACCUCCGAGACGAGAGCGGCAAGCCUCAGAAUGCAGAGUCAGUCUACCCCUACCCCAGUGAUUCUGAUGGGGAUGACAUCAAAUGCAGAAGAAGGCUCACUAACAAGAGGAAAUCUUCCGCAGGGACCCAGAUCAAAGAGACGUCGGUGUUCUGCGAUGGUGGUGAGCUCUACCCCUCCUCCCAGGCUGUAGCCACCGUGGUGGAGGAGAGGAGAGACUCAGAGGAGAGGGAAGAGGAAGAAGAGGAGGAGGGAGGGGUGGGGGAGGAGCAGAGGCCUCUGUGCUCGGGGGGGCAGGGUUACCCCUUAGUGAGGGACCACACCUUGGGAUUUAGGCCGGGGGACGUUGUUCCGGACGCGUCGGGAGGAGGAGACAAUGUGGAGAGGAACCAGUCUUAUAAAGACCUGCGUGGGGAGGAGUGGGGGUGCGUGCAGCCCAGAGAGGUCCUGGAGGAGUCGGCCCAGGCCCAGGACUCCCGAAGUGGGGUCGUAGAGGAGGACAGUGAGCCGGACAUCACCUACGGAGAGGUGGAGCAACGUCUGGACCUGCUGCAAGAGCACCUAAACAGGCUGGAGUCCCAGAUGACGUCAGACAUCAAGGCCAUCCUCCAGCUGCUGCAGAGGCAGACCAUCGUGGUUCCCCCGGCCUACAGCAUCGUCACCUCCAGCCCAAAGUACCAGAGGCCUGCCAUCAGGGUGCAGCCUGUUUCUGCCAUCAGGAUCACAGAGCCUCAACACAGCCUCAACCCUGCUUCACCACUGGCCCAGAAUCCUGACAUGGAGAAGCACCUGAACAAAUCCAAAGAAUCCAUGUCAGGCCAGGUUCCCACGGAAAUGGCCCUGGAAGAGGACCUCAAGGCGGGACUGCUAGAGAAGGACACAGAGCCCAGACACAUACAAAACAAAAUUGACUCUCCGGAGAAACAACAACCUAGAGCUCUCUUCCCCUCCGCCAGACAAGCCUCGCUCCCCGACGCAUCACCUGAACAUUCAGAAAUGUCAGGACUCCACAGGCCGGUAUCCGACCCUGGGCUUCUGGGAAAGUAGGCCCUUUCGCCUGCGUGCGCCUCUCUUUCUCACUACGGAAAACUAGGGCUUCUCUCGAAGUUUGACUCAGGGUCUUAGAAGGAGACUGUAUAUGCAAAGAAUACUGUCGACUUCCUUCCAUCCAUUCUUUUUCCAAUAUUUUCUGCCGAUCUCUGAUUCAGAUGUGUUAUAAAGUACAUUUAUAUAGCGGUAUUUAUACUGUAUAUUACUACUAUCUGUAAUUAUCUACCAUGUACAUAUUUCAGAUGUCAUACUGCCAGCAACACAAAGGCACCUAACAUGUUUGUUCUUCCAAGAAAAAUGCAUGUCUUGGAAGUGUUUUCUGUUGCAUGGUCAAAACACAACCCAUCUCAUGCACUGCACAGUCAUGGUGUGAGGUCGGCAUGCUUUCAGAGUAAUGAGUAUCCGUUCUAUAGUUAUUCCCAAUCGAUGGGGACAAAGCCACUUGGAACUCUCUUUCAAAGGCAUUUUCAAUCUGAAAAUAAGUGUGCAGUUUUAAACUCAUCGCAUUAAUGACCUUAUCAAACAGACACCAUGUAAUGUAUUUGGCUAAUUAACAAUCUCCACGUCCGACAUUAUAUAUACAAAUAUUUCAUCAUAUAUUGUGCCUAAGUACCUACCGUCAACUUGUCUUUCAAAAAGUCAUCUGAUCAGAAGAGACAAAGAACCACUAUGUAAAAUGCAUCUUCUAUUAGAUUAUAAAUACACAGAUAUGCAAAUGAAUAUGAUUUAAAUGGUUGGGAAAGCUCUUAUACGAAGUAUCCCUUACACUGCUAAAGUAUUCCUGAGAGAGAUUAUUUGUAAUCACUUUGCACCACAAGUCUCUUUCAUGGGGCCAUGAAAGCAAUAACGAUAACAUUAAAACAUUAAUUUACACACAUGAAUAAUAUACAUAUUUGAUUAAUGACUAGAAAUUAGCACGGGUACAUACCCAAAAGUCUUUAAAACUUGUACGGCAUGAACUAAAACAGAAACUAAAAGACUGUACUUCAAGUUCUGUAUUCUUGUAAAAAAAAA